UGACUUACCGAUUGAUUGGUUAAACCACCGGUUAACUAAACAAUCUAACCGUUCUCUUCUUAUUCAAGAUAAAAAAAAACUUCCCUGCUCCUCUUUGUCGCCGUCGUAUCCAGCCGUCAUCACCGUCGUCUCUGCGCGCGAAAUGGCGACCUCUUUCCUUCGCAGAAACUUGAACACUACUCGCUUCAGCUUAAACCGCUUUAUCUCUACAUCCUCUUCUUCUUAUUCUUCCCCACAUCGCCGCGUUGUUGUCACUGGUCUAGGAAUGGUGACUCCACUUGGACGAGGCGUGGAGACGACAUGGAGGCGUUUGAUUGGUGGAGAAAGUGGGAUUAGAGGACUGACACCUGAUGAUCUCAAGAUGAGUUCGUUUGAUGAAGAGACAAAGUUGUAUACUUUUGAUCAGCUUUCCUCUAAAGUCGCCGCCUUUGUGCCUUAUGGAUCAAACACAGGUGAAUUUGAUGAGGGUCUUUGGUUAAACUCCAAGGCAAUUGCGAAGUUCAUUGGAUAUGCUUUAUGUGCUGCUGAUGAAGCCUUGAGAGAUGCAGAGUGGUUACCAACCGAAGAGGAGGAAAAAGAAAGAACAGGAGUCUCUAUUGGCGGUGGAAUCGGAAGUAUAAGUGACAUUGUAGAGGCAGCGCAGAUGAUUUGUGAAAAGAGGCUGCGGCGGCUUAGUCCCUUUUUCAUCCCAAAGAUAUUAGUAAACAUGGCUUCGGGUCACGUUAGCAUGAAGUAUGGAUUCCAGGGGCCAAACCAUGCUGCUGUGACAGCUUGCGCAACUGGAGCCCACUCUAUAGGCGAUGCCACUAGGAUGAUUCAGUUUGGAGAUGCAGAUGUUAUGGUAGCAGGUGGAACUGAGUCCAGCAUUGAUGCUCUCUCCGUUGCUGGAUUCUCUAGAUCAAGAGCUUUGUCGACUAAGUUCAAUUCAUCACCGCAAGAAGCUUCACGGCCUUUCGAUUGUGGCCGGGAUGGUUUUGUGAUAGGGGAAGGCUCAGGGGUUAUUGUACUGGAGGAACUUGAGCAUGCAAAAAGACGUGGAGCAAAAAUUUAUGCUGAGCUUUGUGGAUAUGGGAUGUCAGGCGAUGCACACCAUAUCACUCAACCUCCUGAAGAUGGAAAAGGAGCUGUUUUGGCCAUGACACGUGCCUUAAAACAGUCUGGUUUGAGUCCAAAUGAAGUUGAUUAUGUAAACGCACACGCAACAUCUACCCCAAUGGGCGAUGCUGUGGAAGCAAGGGCUAUCAAGACCGUAUUCUCUGAUCACGCCACUUCAGGCACAUUGGCUUUCUCCUCCACCAAGGGAGCUACUGGUCAUCUUCUUGGAGCAGCUGGAGCUGUAGAAGCUAUUUUCAGCGUUCUUGCUAUACACCACGGAGUUGCUCCUCUGACGCUGAAUGUCAAGAAUCCAGAUCCCAUCUUCGACAAGAGUUUCAUGCCUUUAACCACUUCGAAAGAGAUGCUAGUUAAGACUGCGAUGUCGAACUCUUUUGGCUUCGGUGGAACAAAUGCAUCUUUGCUCUUUGCCUCAAUCUAAAGUCGGCAUGGCAAAAGUUUUGUAACAAUCUUUCUUCAAUUACAAUGUUGCAUAAUAGAAUAAAUUUCUUUUCAUUUCUCCUAGUUAACUUACAUUCGUUGAUAAAGAUGGGUUUCAAAUCACACUAUUGCUUGCAACUCUUUCAAGAAUAUCUUGACUUAAAUCCUUCUGUAAGAGGAAUAACUUUUGCGGACACUUUUGAUUGCAA